UUUAUUUUAUAGUCGUUCUAGGUUCUCCCUCCCCUCUCCUGCCUCUCCUCUCUCCACUUCAACUUCAACUUCAACUUCAACGGUUCAAUCACUCUUUUCUCCACUUCACUUUCACACUUCCAAUUACCCAAACCAUACAUCUCAUAAUAAUACACACUUCUCAAACUCUUUCUUUCUCAUCACUACAACACAACCUCCUCCAGAAGGUGGGAAUGGCUUACAUGUGUGCUGACAGUGGUAACCUAAUGGCUAUUGCUCAACAAGUCAUCAACCAGAAACAGCAACAAGAACAGCAAGAACAACAACAUCAUCAACAUCAUCAAAAUCUCCUAGGUAUCACUAACCCACUCUCUCUCCAUCCAUGGAACCACAACAACAACAAUAACAACAAUUCUGUUUCAUCACUUCCACCUUUAACCUUCCCACCAACCGACUUCACCGACCCCUUUCAAGUCGGGUCGGGCCCCGACAACCCCGAUCCCGCUUUCCACUUUCCUCCCCUCGACCCUCACUCCACCACCUUCCGUUUCUCCGAUUUCGAUUCCGACGACUGGAUGGACACUUUAAUGGCAGCCGCCGCGGACGUCGACGUCGGCAACACCCACAACACCCACAACACCGCAGACUUCCCUCUCAACCAGUUUUCAUCCUGCCCGACCCGACUCCCACCACCUUCGGAUCUCCUCUUACCCGCCACCGUUCCUCUCCAAAUCCCAACCCAACCUACCACCACUCCUCACAACAAAAACGACACCACCGAAACGACAUCCUCAUUACCGUCGUCCACAAACCCACUUCUAAAAUCACUAACCCAAUGCGCAACUCUCAUCGAAACCGAACCAAAUCAAGCCGUGGAAACCCUAAAUCAUCUCAAAAAAUCAAUUUCACAAAACGGAAAUCCAAUUCAGAGAGUUUCAUUCUAUUUCUCCCAAGCUUUAACCAACAAAAUCACCGCAGAAUCACAACUAUCUCCUUCAAUUUCUUCUUCAACUACAUGGGAAGAAUUAACACUUUCUUACAAAGCCCUAAAUGAUGCAUGCCCUUAUUCAAAGUUCGCUCAUUUAACUGCGAAUCAAGCGAUACUCGAAGCAACAGAAGGAUUCAGCAAUAUUCAUAUAGUUGAUUUUGGAAUUGUUCAAGGGAUUCAAUGGGCUGCACUUUUACAAGCAUUUGCAACUCGUUCUUCGGGUAAACCUAAUAGUGUAAGAAUUUCUGGUAUACCUGCUAUGGCUCUUGGAACUUCACAUGUUUCUUCAAUUUCUGCUACUGGUAAUCGAUUGUCCGAGUUUGCUAAACUUCUUGAGUUGAAUUUUGAGUUUACACCGAUUACUACGCCGAUUCAGAUGCUUAAUGAGUCUAGCUUUUGUAUUCAACCAAAUGAGGCUUUGGCUGUUAAUUUCAUGCUUCAGUUGUAUAAUCUUUUGGAUGAAACUACGAAUUCUGUGGAAACUGCGCUUCGUUUGGCGAAAUCUUUGAAUCCUAAGAUUGUUACUCUUGGUGAAUAUGAAGCUAGCUUGACGACCCGUGUUGGUUUUGUUAAACGGGUUGAAACUGCUUUUAAUUAUUUUGCUGCUUUUUUCGAGUCUUUGGAGCCAAACAUGGCGUUGGAUUCUCCAGAGAGGUUUCAGGUGGAGAGUCUUUUGCUUGGUAGGAGAAUUGAUGGUGUGAUUGGUGUGAGGGAGAGGAUGGAGGAUAAAGAACAGUGGAAAGUUUUGAUGGAAAGUUGUGGUUUUGAAUCUGUUAGUUUGAGUCAUUAUGCAAUUAGUCAAGCUAAGAUACUUUUGUGGAAUUAUAGUUAUAGUUCUUUAUAUUCUCUUGUUGAAUCUCAACCUGGCUUUUUGUCUUUGGCUUGGAAAGAUGUUCCUCUCUUGACUGUUUCUUCUUGGCGUUGAUUCCAUGAAAUGGAUUUUGGACUCAAAUUUGGAAACGGGUUUCUUCCACCUAGUCUUUUUUCUCUGGUGUGGAACAACUACAACUGUCUAUAUGCCGUUGAGGAUCAUGCUAGGAAGGAAGUUCUUCAAUUUAUGAUGUUUUGCUUGGUGAAGAAGGUAUGCAGAUUGGAUGUGUUUGUUAUCAGCACUUAGCACUGCACUACAAGAUUUUGGGAUCAUUAAAUCAAGUUAUGUUUUGGGCUGUAUUUUUAGCAGUUUGGUCUUAGUUUCCAUUAAUUUUCCUGUUUCUUUUUGGGUAGCAUAAUCUUUGCUAUAGUUGUAGAUGAAGGUAAUGCUUUCUUUCAUGUUUUGCUAGUAUUGUAACUCUGUAAAUUUGAUUAUGUUGUUUGGGGUUUAAAUUUGUCUAAAUAUCAAAAAGGUUAUUUUACUUUA